GCCUUGCCCAGUGUAGGAGGAAGACUACCGCCCCGAGUUGCCAUCCAAUUUCAGGUGACACUCGAUGUUUCGUACAAGCAAUCCUACUGUGACCUUGCCACUGUGGGAGGCAACGACAUCAUGUCCGUACCUAGACAUUCGGAACCGGCUCGGCGGGCGACAAAUCGAGCCUCUACCACAAUUCUGGGGUAUUCGGGUCCACCAGAAAGCAAAUCCAGGUGGUUGUGUUGUGCCCGUAGAGAGGACUACAAUAGAGCCGUCGAUCGACUCCCUCCAACCCCCAUUUGACUUGGAUCUGGAAGGGCUUGUCUUGAGCCAGCCGUGCACUCAAUUCGGCGAGGCCUUGCUGUCCCGUUCGAGAAAGGUGUCCGUGAAUGUAAUCCCUGGCCGCGUACAACAUGGGUGAGACGUUGCAUAUCUCGUAGUAAGUAUCGUCCAGUGGAGAUUUCCCCAGCAGGAAAAAGUCCGAAUACAAUUCCCGUAGGCUUGUCAUGAAGUCUUCUAGGACAUCGUCUACGGUGGUGCUAGUUUUAGAAAGGCGCGAAUCGUCUGAAGAUCUGGGGUUGUCAUCGAGGCUGCGUGUCGAUCGCGGAGUGUUUCUCGCCGUUGACGUUCGACUUUUUUCUUCAUUGGCCAGAUUCAGCCAGACAUCGUCCGCUGACCUCAUGGUUGGUUUUCCAUAAUCAUUACGAUCCUCCGGCAGUACACAGCCUCCGAGAAGAUCUUCGGCCGACAAUUUGCAUGUUGGAGGGGCCCAAUCUGAGGGUGGUGCGUUGUACAGCGGAGUUUGGGGAUCAGACUCGAUGGUCGAACUGUCGGACAGCUUCUCGAACUCGGGCAAUGCGGCUGUUUCGUGAAUAAAUCGAGUGACGUCGACAAGACUGACGAGCAUGAACCGGCUUCGGCCACUGCUAGGGAUCACGAGUGGAGUGAAGAGGACAAGCUGUUCAAGAAGAAGUGCUCGCCGAUUUCAAAGAUAUACCUUAAUUCUUGAGAUGUUGCCACAACCGGACAGCCUGCCAUGGCGGUGUCCAAGACGCAAAAGGAUUUGAAGUGCUCAACUUGUCGAAGACAGGCCGGGCGCUCGAUGGCAGCGGCGUGCUCUUCGACCGAACAGUGGGUUCGCACCGAAAUCGAGCUGCUGGUUGCCGAGUCAAGCCAGGACACUUGUUUUCCUCGCCUCUCGUUCCGUCGAAGGGUGCGCGCGGAGGACGGAGAGGCAGGUCUCUUGGCAGGUUCUCGAGGUGCGAGACUGGGACGAGAGUCUUGUAACCGGAGGGUGGAGACACUCGGGAUGUGCGAGAUCGUCGCUAUACUCGCUUGCUGGCUCGACAGCGGAGUGUAGGUUUGCGAGAUUGCUUGAUGGACUGGCCUUUCCGACGCUGUCGGGUCGCGGUAUCGAAGGUGCUGCUGGUUGAAUUGGCUAAUGCUGGUGGCCGGUAGCAGGGACUGUCUGGCCCUGGUUCGACUCGUCGAUCUCUCUGUUGGUGUCUCGAACCGAUUGGGUAUUGCAUGGGAGGAGUUGUACUGUUCCAGACUCCAAACACUAUCAUCUGCUUCGAGAGGAGAGAGAGUCCAGACCGAGGAGACGAAACUGCUUGAAGGACCGCCCUUACGCAGGAUGCCGGAUCCCACAGUUUCAACAGGCGGAAUGGGAGAUUUUCGCAGUCUGCGCAGGAAGACGUCUUUAAGACUCUGUUUCAACGUCUUUCGAGGCGUGUUGCCUGCUCGUCGGGGCUUGGCAGCCAUUCUAAGGACUCCGACUGAGAACAGCGCAAACUUGAAAGGUACUUGUAGUAUCGACUGAGAUCAACUUCGAGUUCACCAGCUUUGAAGAUGGAACUGAGGCGAGUGCAGGAAUGGAUACUUCUAGACUCAAAAGAUGGCAGCCGCUGAUCCGCAUGCCUUUGAAAAUGCAAGCAAGCGCGCAGAUUGAUGUGUUCAAGACAUGAAAGACAAAGAACCACCCGGAACGCCUAACAGACCUGUUGUUGCGCACGCAUACAAAUGCACAAUGUAUCAGAACACAUGUCCUACAUGAUGACAAGGAAAAAGAACAAUAUAGAGUUGAUGGGUACUGGUAGAAGUUGUUCACACGACAAUCAACAAUGCAAGAGUGAAAAAAGAAAUCCACAGCCGGAGGGUUUUGAUGCAGGGGCUCAGGGCGAAUCACCGGGGAAGACAAUUGACAUCUGCAUCGGGGAAUUGGUACUGGAGCUACCGUUUCAGCCUGGAGAAUGGCUGGAUUUGGCCAUAAGCGAGGCAGAGACGACCCAAGAUCACCUACAUAUCCUUGUAAGCCACCCAGAAGGGUGUUAUGCUUGUAGAGGGAACGAACGGAUAAAGCAACAAGUUGGUUGUAUGCGUGAAUCGGCUUCGGAUGCCGUGUCAUAUAUCGUUUAUUGUAAGCCGUUCCUAAGCCAAUCAGUUGAGACUACACAGCAAGUCAACCAGCCUCCAUCCCAGAGUUACUCUCACUGUACACUGGCAUAUGAGUACAGAAUUGCGGGCAGAUACAUGCACUUCUAUCCAAGUCUACACCCAACCGGUCGCCAUACUAGUAGUUCAUGUUGUUCAAGUUCAACCCCAAAAGGCACCACGCUGUAGGCCUCGAGGGCAGCAGGAUAUCCCAAUCAGCAGCUUCUAUCUCUGGCCGGUUUCCGUCCCAAUUCAUUCCGACAUUUGGAGCUUUUCACUGUGCCCCAGCACUGAACAACACCACCUGAACUCCCAAGUCCAGCAGCACAUCGACGACCACAUUGCCUGGUCCCAGCAGCCUCGUCCGACCCGUCAUUCCCUCUGCUGCUCUCACGCGCUCUCCCAGGAGCUUCACCAGCCAUGUCGGCCUCGCCUGCAUCCCGUGCCAUUCUGCGGCAGUCCAAGCUGCUCCUGCGCCGAAACAAUUUUAGACAAGCUUCCACCACCUCAGAGGCCGCUUCCAAGGCGCAAGAAACGGGCAAGCAGGCUGUUUCCAAGGCUUCGGAAGGCCUCUCCCGUGUUCAGAGCUCGGCCGGCUCCGCGAUCUCGAAAGUCGGCUCCUCCGCAUACAGUGCAUUGAGUAAAGUUGGUGGCCGGACAGGAAGAGUCAUCUCCUUUGUUGAAUCGUUAAUACCUCCCACGGUCUACUACUCGCGUGUGGGCCUGGAGCUCGCUCGGAUCGUCUUCAAGGGUCAACAGAUGGCACCUCCCACUGUCGCACAAUUCCAAUCUUACUUCCAGCCGCUUAUCAAUGUGUUCCGAAACCCUCGAUCUAUUUCCUCUGUUGCCAGUUCCGUGAGCAACUCCGUCAACCCGGAAGCGGUCCUCAGCAGCAUCCGUAAUGUCAAUUCCAGACAACUAGCCAAUGCCGGCAUUAUCUUUGCUCAAGUUCUCGGUUUCUUUACUGUUGGAGAGAUGAUUGGAAGGUGGAAGAUUGUGGGAUACCAUGGUGAAGUUCACCACGAGCAUUAGACGACAAGAAAGGACAUGCCAGCCCCUGUGCUGGACCGCCUUGUAAUCUUAGGAGCUUUCUUAUGGAAAAGGAACGCAAAUACAGAACCUCAAGUUGACAACGCCUUUGACUCUAUGGGAAGCCGCCGGGGGGACCUUGGUUGACAGACCACGUGCCAAGUUCUAACCUGACUGAAAUGAAAAACUGAACCUUUGCGUUAACCGCUGACCAAACUGUUUGUUUCUGGAGUGCUUUAUUUCUGGCAGUCUCUCUGCCCUCCAAACCCUGACUUGCUAACAGAUACUACCCAGGAGGUCUGGGUGAGAUACCGAGAGAAGAGCGCAAUCGCACUGAGCCCGCUAUCGCGCAUAUUGGUGAAGUUGGCAAGACAGGGAUUGUAUUGGAUCACCAGCGCGCAUCGAUUGCGCCAGACUGGCAAGUCACUUUCACGGCCAGUGCCGAAGAGAUCAUGCAUUCAAGAUCCCAUGCUCUGGUCUGAAAUAUCUCUUUUCGCAGUUUCUCGAUGCUGGUCACGUUCUUUCUUCCUUUAUCCCUCUAUUCCCAUUUCGAGAACAGUUCAAUUUCGAUGUAAUCUUCUGAAUGAGCUUCCAUCCGAUCACAACAGGCUUAACCUACGUUUACAGACUGGGCAAACGGGCCAGUCUCGCCGUAGAAAUCAUAUUAAUCAUGGGUUACCGCGUCACAUUCUCCGUGGUUUAUCUGCUAACCAGCUUGGUCUCACGCAGUCGUACGUGCCUGUACACGCAGCAUCAACACAGCUAGCCAGGCUACCAAAGUGAAUACCCUUUUUCACGAUACCGGGCCCA